AUGACCUGCCGGGCGCAAGUAGAUGGAAAUGCGCAGUUGACAAGACACGUCAGGCAGCUGCACGGUGACGGCUGGGUCUUCAACAAGAACGAGAAGCAUUAUUACAGCGUGGAGGAAGAUGCCCGGAUCGUGGAACUGCGACAGAAGGGCGUGUCAUAUUCUGAAAUUGGUCGAGUGCUCGGAAGAUCGUCGAGUGGUGUCGAGCGGCGCUUUCAUGAUUAUCUGCUUGCCAAUCCAACGUCUAGCCAAAGCGAACCGUCGGCAAUAGAGCAGCGGAUAGUGGAAGGCCUCCAAGCACGCAAGCCGCUCAGCGCCGUUGCACGCGAGCUCGACCUUUCCCGCAAAACUGCGUGGAGAAGAUUGAAUGCCGUGUGCCCUGGAAAUGAUCCGAGCGCUGGGCUGAAUUACUCCUCCUGGACGGAAGAAAAGGGACGAGUCGUCCAGCGUGCUUUGGCAGAAGGGAAGUCCAUCACGCAAGUCGCCCUUGAGAUGGGCCUGACCUACCAGUCAGUCUACAAUUUCGCACGCAGGACGAAGCUCAUCACAGGCGGGAGAAAGUAUACGAGACCAUCACGGAUCGAACCUGACGGACUGGAAUGCUUGGAAGAAAGUGUCAAGGAUGAGCAGUCCACGAUCUCUGGCAACGACCUGGACGCAAACCGUGGCGGUGAAUCGACGACAUCUACGGCCCACCAAGGGAACCUCUCGGAGCCUGACUCAAGCCCUGCUCCGCAAAAAAUGGUCACCAUACGUGACCGCAUCAGGCUCGCAGAACGGGAAGAGCUUGUGCGCCGCUAUGAUCAAGGUCAAAGUAGGAGGGAACUCACUACGUAUCUCCAGCGACCAUCGAGCACAGUAGACCGAGUUUUGCGCGAGGAAUUAAAGAAAUUGGGGCGACGCUCAGUCAUAAACACCCCUUGGUCCACCGAAGAGGACAAGAAGAUACGUAGCUAUAGGUCUCAGGGCAUAUCAUGCCCGCAGAUGGCAAAAGUGGUGCCCGGCAGAACUGUAUCGUCCAUCCGAUCGCGACUUGCGAAACUGGAAAAAGAGUCUUCUCUACAAACCUCUCAAAUCCCACCUGUCUAG